AGAGAGAGAGAGAGAGAGAAUUCCUCCGCGUUGUAGCUUACAGGUUAUGAAUAUUUGGUGAUAGAACUUGAAUUGAGCGGAAGAAAGGAAGACAUCACGGCUACUUUUGUUGUCGCGUUUUUGUUUUCCUCUCACACGAGUGACGAGUUAACUAGACUUUCUCAAGCGACUGACACAUUAUCCAAAGAAACAGGAUCGUUUUAUAUCUGUAUUCAGUAGAAAAACAAUGGCUUUUAUGUUUAAACACAUGAUAGGUGGGCAGCUGAAGGAUCUUACCGGGGGUCUUGGAGAAGAAAAGCCAGAAGGAGAAAAGACCGAGGCAGCAGCAAAAGGAAUGACACACGAAGAGUUUGAACAAUAUCAAGAACAGUUGGCGGAGGAGAAGUUGGAGCGGGAUACCAGCUUUGCCCAGAAGAAGGCUGAACGGGCCACAGUCAGGAGCCACUUCAGGGAAAAAUAUCGUCUUCCAAAAAGUGAACUGGACGACACACAAAUUCAGGCUGCGGCAGACGACGUGGAGUUGCCCACAGAACUGGCCAAGAUGAUCGCUGAAGACAACCAGGAGGAGGAGAACAAGCAGUCUGUCCUGGGUCAGCUGACCAACAUUCAGAACGUAGAUAUUGAUCAGUUAAAAGAGAAGGCCCAGUCCACCCUCGAAGACAUUAGACAGUCGGCUGAAAAGUGUGAUGUCAUGUAAUCCAGCCACGUACACGAGCACCCCGGAGUUGGACUGCUAAUUGAGGAUCAUGUGUUUUGUCGGCUCCGAUGACUUUAGGGAGAAUAUAGGGAAUAAAUCAGAUCCGUAAACAGCAUGCCUAUAAUGAGAUGCUUUGUGAAAGAUGAGCUCCUACCCAAAGCCAAGCAAUCAUAUACAAAUCUGAAGUGUUUUUAAGAUCGCAAAUAAUGUUUGCCACACCAUAUACAUUGUCAUAAGGUAAUAAUUAUCAGUUAACAUCUCUCUACUUGUUGUUCUUUAGUGCUUAAAAUGUUCUAUUUGUUUAUAUGUGAUUGGCUAUUCUACACCUACUUUAAAUUAGCCAUAAAAUGUUACAGAAUACAGUAGGCUAUUUCUGUCAUAUUAAUAAAAAGUAGAAAAUACACAAUUGCUUAAAUUAUACUAUUAAACUAGUAUUUAUGUAUUUGAACCUUUUUAUCUAUAGAACGUGUAUAUUGAUGUAUUUACGUGAAGUGUGUAGGUAAAACAUGAAUUGUUAUUUUUAGGUGAAACUGAACCUAAAUAUAAACUUGUAAACAUUAUUUUUUCAUUUCUUUUUGUAUACAUUUUAUUUAUUUAUUUAAUGUCAGUCAGGUUUGACUUACAUUUGUUAACUAUAAUAAAUGUUAACUGAAAUAAAAUAUUAAAAACA